AUGGUACUUUGCAAAUUACUGACACCAUAUUUCUUACUGUCAAUUUUGAGUGUCGGCGUGUUCACGGCGACCGCCGCGCCAUCGCCCAGUAUUCAAAUGACGGAAAAUACAAAUCAAGAUCAUCAUGAGCAUGCCAAGCGUGGAGGAACGUGUGCGUUCCCUAACUACGAUGGGAUGGUCGCAGUACAAAAAGGUGGAUCUAAUGGAGGAUGGGCUAUGAGCCCUGACCAAGAAUGUUCCUACGGUUCAUGGUGCCCUUACGCUUGCAAACCAGGUCAACUAAUGGGGCAAUGGGACCCUUCGGCUACCACAUACUCUUAUCCUAAAUGUCAAAAUGGAGGUUUGUACUGUGAUUCUAACGGUAACUUGCAAAAGCCAAACAGUGAUAAAGACUAUUGUUAUGAUGGGAAGGGAACCGUAAUAGCGAAAAACAACGCUAACAGCGGUGACGUUGCAUUUUGCCAGACCGUGCUUCCGGGCAACGAAGCUAUGCUGAUCCCAACCUUAGUCGGCUCUGGGUCAAAGCAAACGCUGGCUGUGCCUGGUACAGACUACUGGGCCUCCAGCGCGUCGCAUUACUACGUAAAUGCUCCCGGUGUAAGCGUAGAGGAUGCAUGCCAGUGGGGUAGUAGUGCAAAUCCACAGGGGAACUGGGCCCCAUUUGUAGCUGGUUCCAACAUGGACGACAACCAGAACACUUUUGUAAAGAUUGGAUGGAACCCCGUCUACCUGGAAUCGUCAUGUCCGUUCAAGAACGUUAAGCCUUCAUUCGGUAUUAGAAUUACUUGUGAUGACGAAUCACAAUGUGAAGGCCUACCAUGCUCCAUUGACCCAAGUUCUAAUGGAGUCAACGAAGUGACAAGUUCUGGCGGUGGUUCUUCCGGGGCUGGUGGUGGAAACUUUUGUGUUGUCACCGCCAGAAACGGCGCCAAGGCCAACAUCGAAGUUUUUGAUGUUGGUAGCGGCUCAUCUUCUAAAGGCAAGAGAGAACUGAAUCCGCUAGACGUUAUUACCACAACGGUCACCGAGACCAAGUACAAGACAGUCACCGUCACUGCCAAAACUUAG